CAGCGAUUUAACUCACGAUCAUUGCCAGAGAUCGAUUUGAAAUCUCGUUAGAGACAGGCGACUGCUCCUUGCUUUACGCUCCGCUACCUUUGUACUUCGAAUUUUUCGAGAUAUGGAGACAGACGACUGGUUCUGUGAUCAGGAUACAUUGAAAUACGAUGAAGCUUGUGUCAAUCUGCGGACAACCGAUGAACGAUCGGAUCUCUGGCUCUAUCUACUAUCCACCGACUGUGCGCUCUGUCCUUAUACGAGGAUUAAACAGAUCUUACCGAACGUCAGUUCUAGCGUGAUAAUCGACACUGUCAAACCGACGGUAUUCAGAAUUUUUGACUUUCAUAAUUCCGAAGAUCCCGGCGAAUUCGUGUCUGCUAAAAAUACGAGCAAGGUGAUUUGCGAGCUGAUGCCAAACCUUGGACAGUUCGGCGUUUAUGAUCUCUCUGUACAAAAUCGAAGCUGCGACGUGAAAGUCCUAAACGAGCCGACUUAUCCUUACACAGAGCUGUUCGUAAUUUUCGGAGUAUUGAUUCUCGUCCUGUUUGGAUUAUCCGGGUCGAAAUCUUUGUGGCACGUGUACAGGAGAAAAUGCAUGAAAAGUCAAACGGACGUCGACGCUGCGACGAGGCACCCCGCGAAACGUCGAGUAAAAGCUAUCGACGUUGUUCGAGGAGCAAGUACGCUGUUGAUGAUAUUUGUGAACGACGGCUCGGGUGGUUAUAGAAUUCUUGGCCACACAACUUGGAAUGGAUUACUUUUAGGGGAUUUAUUGUUUCCUUGUUUUAUAUGGGUCAUGGGAGUAUGCAUUCCCAUAGCUAUAUCUAGUCAGGUGAAGCGUAUGACACCCAAACGGAUGAUAGUAUAUGGAAUCAUCAAGAGGAGCAUUCUUCUGUUUUUAAUCGGAUUAUCUCUGAACACGGUGAGCACCGGCCCGCAGCUCGAAACCAUUCGCAUAAUGGGUGUACUCCAACGAUUUGGUAUAACGUACUUCGUCGUUGCGCUAAUGUACUUUUGUUUAAUGUCGAACAGAUUGAGCAAAGUACAAUCUCCGAUGUUACGGGAAGUGCAUGAUAUUCUCUUGCUCCUUCCGCAGUGGUGCCUGAUAGUAAUAAUCCUGGCGGUUCAUUGCGCGAUAACGUUUUGCCUAAAAGUUCCCGGAUGUCCCACUGGGUACCUCGGCCCUGGUGGUCUACACGAAGACGCACAGUAUUUUGACUGCGUGGGUGGAGCAGCGGGUUACAUCGAUAGAAUGAUACUCAAAGAGGCGCACUUACAUCACUCAGCCACGGUUUACGACUCGGGACCGUUCGAUCCCGAAGGAAUUUUGGGUACUUUGACCACGACGUUCCACGUGUUCCUGGGGCUGCACGCUGGCAUUAUCAUGAUGACUUACAAAGGUUGGAAGGAACGCGUAAUCAGGUGGCUCACUUGGGCCGCGAUUUUCGGUUGCAUCGGGUGUAUUCUCCACUUCACCAAUGUUAUUCCCGUCAACAAAAAGCUUUGGUCAUUGUCGUUCGUUUUCGUAACGACAUCAUUCUCCCUGGCCUUUUUAUCCGCCUGCUACCUGCUCGUUGACGUCAUAAAAGUGUGGAACGGUGGACCUUUCCGAAUACCUGGUAUGAACGGUUUGUUGUUGUACGUCGGGCACAUGGUGUGCUAUCAAAACUUCCCUUUUCACUGGAGCAUCGGGAACAUGAGCAGCAGAGCGUUGCAUUUAUGCGAGUCAAUUUGGGGCACCGCGUUAUGGACGAUCAUUGCAUACAUAAUGCAUAAAGAUCGUACUUACAUCACUUUAUAGCACUGUUACCAUAUUCACACAAACGUAUGGAGAAAAUAAAGAUAAUGGGAACCGAUA